AUGAAGAUUCAAUACCUGGCCGCCUCUCUUCUGUCUCUCGCUGCUACCGUCUGGGCACAUGAUUCUCCUCAUGGAGGCCCUCAUGGGGGCCCUCAAUGGCCUCCCCACCCAGGGUACCACCACAAUACUACCUUGAGUACGCACAGCAAGCCUGUGUCUAGCCACUUGCCAAAGCCUUCACCAACUGCGGGCGGCUCCUUCAAUGAUACCCAUAUCAGCUUCAAGCUUUCUGUCCCCUGCUCACUCGGCUCUGCCAGUCUGGACUGGUUCAGCGAUAUUUCCGACACCAACUACUACGGCUACCACUUCUUACCGGACCAGUUCAAGGGAUACCACGAACAGGACGGCAACUUCUCGGACAUCGAAAUUGAUAUCGACGGAUCAGGCCCUACAAGAUUGGAGGUGAUUAUCAGCGAGAAAUGCAAGAGUCCCGAUGACGUCAUCCAUGUGGAGAUCGAUGCUACAAUCGUUCAAUCGAAGCCGGGUUUCGUUGGAUACUUCUUCCUCUACACUGAGGACGAGUCUGGAGGCCACGAAAAAAUCUCCACCCACCUUAUCACCGGAGUGGCCACUGCUGCCACGCAGACCCCAACGGUGCCACCGCCAUCUUAUACCCACCCUCCAAAGCCUACAGAGUCUCCUAGCCACGACGACCAUAAACUGCCACCAGGCAUCAAGUACACGCCGGUGCCAACUCCAACCUAUAAGCCACACUUCAAGGAGCACCAUUAA